AGAAAACACCCCAAUUCACCCUCAGCUUCAAGGACUCACACUUGUUCACAAUGAGUGAUUCAAACUUGCUUGAUAAGAAACUGACAGAGGUCGAGAGUCUAAAAGGGAGAAAAAAGAAGCAAAAGAAGGAAGAUGCCUGGAAACCAGAGGGACCCAUGGACCCAUUUGCUAUGUUGGACUCCCUUCCUGAGACAAAGCAGCAGGAGAUCCAGAAAGCCCUCCACCUCUUCUCCUUGGGCCGGAGUCUGCCCAAGACCCUGCAGCAAGCCAAAAAACACAUGUACCAAUUCUGGGACACACAGCCUGUCCCCAAACUGGGGGACAGCAUUGUGACUCAUGGCCCAAUAGUGGAGGGUGAAGCCAGUGUCCGUAAGGAGCCCUACUCUCUACCUCAAGGUUUUUCUUGGGACACUCUGGACCUGAGCAGCUCUACAGUGUUGAAGGAGCUAUGCACUCUGCUCAAUGAGAACUACGUGGAAGAGGAUGACAACACUAUCAGAUUGGAGUUCUCGCUGGAGUAUCUGCAAUGGGCUUUACAACCUCCUAACUGGCUGGCCCAGUGGAACUGUGGUGUGCGAGUAGACGCCAAUAACAAGUUAGUCGGCUUCGUUGCUGCUCUUCCCGCAGAUGUCCGCAUAUAUGAGACGGAGAAGCGGAUGGUACAGGUCAAGUUCCUGUGUGUUCAUAAGAAGCUACGCCUCAAGCGGAUGACUCCAGUUCUGAUCCGAGAGCUCGCCAGACGGGUCAACCAGCAGGGCCUCCACCAAGCUGUCUACACAGCUGGCAUAGUGCUGCCCACACCAAUGAGCUCCUGCAGGUGCUGGCAUCGCCUUCUGAAUCCCCGAAAGCUGACGGAGGUGACCUACCCAGGUCUGAGACAGAACAUGAACCUGCAGAGAGCGCUCAAAUUCAACCGUCUGCCUGAGGUGACAAAGACACCAGGUCUGCGCCCUAUGACUAAAGAAGAUGUUGUGGGGAUACACUCACUACUGCAGGCAAACCUCCGCAAGUUUUACCUCAGCCCCGUGUUGUCUUUACUGGAAAUAGAGCACUGGCUGUUACCAAGGGGGAAUGUGAUUGACACCUAUGUUGUGGAGGGUAAUGAUGGCACACUGACAGACGUGGUGAGUUUCUACAGCGUCUCCUCCAGGGUGCUGAAUCACCCUGUCCACACUGGACUGAGAGAAGCUCAUCUCCUUUACGUUGCCUCUACCGCCACCGACUCAGUGGACCUCAUGGAGGACACACUGGUCCUCGCUAAAUCCAAAGGUUUUGACGUCUUCUCUGCUCUCGAAGUGAUGGAUAACAGGAGUUUCCUGGAGAAGCUCAAGUUCAGCAUCAAUGACAAGAGCCUUCAUUACUACCUGUACAACUGGAUGUGUCCUAAAAUGAGCCCAGACAAGGUGGGCUUGGUGUUACCAAACUAACCUGCCACUGAAAGAAGACGAAGAGUGGUGAAGA